GGCAUAUAUCUUCACCUUCAAAUCGAAAAAUAACAAAACAUCCACACACAUACGGCAUACACCAUUCAAUCAUAAUAUAUCAACAAUAAUCGGUGGAAGGAAAAAAAAUUGUUUACCGAAAAUGAAACAUAAGGCGCGAGAUAAUAGUACAACAAGGCGAUAAACAAAUUUGUAUAAAAGGCAAAGUAAAUUUCUAAAUUUCAUCAGUCAAUAUGAGAUCGAUCUCAUUGUUAGUAUUAGCUGGGCUUGUCGCCUUGUCUUGCGGAUACCUCGUACCCGAAAGAAAGGUUAAAACCUACGACACCGACACCGACUUCUUAUACAAACAGAAAGUCAUCUUGCAACUCUUGCAACAUGUACACCAGAACGAUAUUAUGCUGAAACAGUGGGAAGAGGCGAAAUUAUGGAAAUUCGAAGAAUUCUUAUACAAGAAGGUUGAAGUUGUACGUGAAUUCGAGUACUUCUGGAAGUUUGGCCGUCUAUUGCCGAUGAACGAAAUUUUCAGCAUCUACAAUGACUAUCAUCGUGAACAAGCCGUUGCACUGUUCCAUCUAUUCUACUAUGCCAAGGACUUUGAAACUUUCUACAAAACAUUGGUGUGGGCUCGUUUCCAUGUUAAUGAAGGCAUGUUCAUCUAUGCAUUGACCGUAGCUGUUUUGCGUCGUUCAGACACUCGUGGAAUUGAAUUGCCAGCUCCAUACGAAAUCUAUCCGUACUACUUCUUCAACACUGAAACCAUUCAGAAAGCACAGAACUACAAGAUGCAAGGAUUCCUUGACAUGAAGAAAGUCGAAGAUGUACACACCAUCAUCAUCCCAACCAACUAUACUGACUACGAUUACUACAUGACCAAUGUGGAAAACAAGAUCUCAUAUUUCACUGAGGACAUUGGUUUGAAUACCUACUACUACUACUUCCAUGCUGACUAUCCAUUCUGGAUGACUGGUUCCGACUACAAUAUGGUUAGAGGCCGCCGUGGUGAGCAAUACUUGUUCGUUCAUCAACAACUGCUCGCUCGUUACUAUUUGGAACGUCUUUCCAAUGACAUCGGAACUAUUCCUGAAUUCUCUUGGUACGAACCGAUCAAGACCGGCUAUUAUCCAGCUCUCCGCUACUACAAUGGAGCAUUCUUCUCCACCAGAGACAACUACUACAACAUCUACACCGAACGCAAUUAUUAUGCUGUUGAUAUUCUCACCAACUAUGAACGUCGCAUUUACGAUGCAAUCGAUCUUGGAUACAUCAUCAUGCCAGACGGAACCCAUUACGAUUUAACUAAACCCGAAUCGAUUGAACUUUUGGGCAACAUGAUCCAAUACAAUACCGACUCACCAAACCGAAGAUUCUUCGGCUAUUUCAUCUGGAUGUCUAAAUUGCUCCUCGGUGGAUCAGUUACCGGCCGUUACACACACAAAUAUGACUUCAAAGUCUUGCCAAGUGUUCUUGAACAUUACGAAACCACACUUCGUGACCCAGUCUUCUGGCAAUUGUACAAACGUAUCAUCAAGUACUACUGGCACUUCAAGGAUACCCUCCCGUACUACAAGAAGAGCGAACUUAUGUUCGAUGGUGUUAAGAUCACAAGCGUUGACAUGGGCAAAUUGGUAACCUACUUCGAUAAAUUCGAUGCAGAUAUUACCAAUGCAGUUGAUGUUGAGGUACUCGACAAGAAGAUCAGCAUUGAUAAGACAUCUGAUUUGUUCAGAUUCGGCAAAGUAUCACACUAUGGUGGCGAAGAUUUCGUUGUCAAGGCUCGCCAGUUGCGUUUGAACCAUUUGCCAUUCACAUUCAAUCUUCAUGUCUACUCCGACCGUGUUGUUAAGAGCGUUGUCCGCGUAUACUUGGGACCGAAAUACAACGAAUUUGGCCGUAUGUACGAUAUCAACGAAAACCGUGAAAACUGGGUGCUAUUGGACUUGUUCAAAUACGACUUGAUUGUUGGAGAUAACAUCAUUACUCGCGAUUCCAGCGACUUCACUUGGUAUGUUAAGGACACAACCACUUACUUCGACUUGUACAAGACCACCAUGAUGGUAAACGACAAAAAAACCAAAUGGGACGUCACUGAUUACACUGAAGGACGAUUCGGAUUCCCAGAUCGUUUGAUGUUGCCGAAGGGUAAGAAGGGUGGUAUGCCAUUCCAAUUCUACUUCAUCGUUACACCAUACACUCCAUCAACUGAUGGAUACUAUGUCGACAAUUUGCCAUUCGGCUAUCCAUUCGAUAGGAAAAUCGACGAAACAUACUGGUACACACCAAACAUGUACUACUAUGAUGUCAACAUUUUCCACAAGAAGGAAGUUGAAGUCAAUACCAUUCACACAAUGAACUAUUGAUGAAAAACACUGCCACUUACAUUAUGCCGAAACCCAGAGUGAGAUUCAAAGGACUUGCUAGUUUUUAUUUCAAUUUUGUAAAAUAGAGCUAGCCUUGCUCUUAGAGCCUUUUGUCAAUAAAUUAUUUUAGUAGAAGUAGAAAUGA